AUCAGUUGGAUUUACAACCCUGGAGAGAUUUCAGUGGGUUCCCACAGUACCUGGGCAGAAAUACUUUUAAUAACAAUUUUCAAAUUAUAAAAGCCACGUAAGAUUACAAUGGAAACAUUGUCCCAGGACUCCCUACUGGAAUGCCAAAUUUGCUUUAAUUAUUAUAGCCCUCGAAGAAGGCCAAAGUUACUUGACUGUAAACACACGUGCUGUUCAGUCUGCUUACAACAAAUGAGGGCUUGUCAGAAAGACCUUAGAUGCCCAUGGUGCAGAGGUGUGACUAAACUGCCACCUGGAUAUUCUGUGUCCCAGCUUCCUGAUGACCCAGAUGUUGUUGCUGUUAUUACAAUUCCUCAUGCUUCAGAAAACACCCCAGUAUUCAUUAAAUUGCCUAGCAAUGGAUGCUACAUGUGGCCUCUGCCUGUAAGCAAAGAAAGGGCAUUGUUACCCGGUGAUAUUGGUUGCCGGCUACUACCUGGAAACCAACAAAAACCAGUCACAGUUGUGACCAUGCCAAUGGAACAACAGCCUUUGCAUGGCAACAUUCCACAGGACAUUGUAGAAGAAGAACAUGAAAGAAGAGGGGUUGUUAAAAGUUCUACCUGGUCUGGAAUUUGCACUGUGAUUUUGGUAGCAUGUGUACUUGUCUUCCUUCUUGGAAUUGUCCUACACAAUAUGUCUUGUAUUUCAAAGCGUUUUACUGUGAUAUCUUGCGGCUGAAUCUUACAUUAUGAUUAUGUGCUUGCAUCUAUGUUUCUUUAGAAUAGGGCUAUAUCAAAAUAGACAAAACUGUACACAGCAGCAUUGCAAACUGAUAAAGUGUCAACUAAAACUAAGUUGGAACUUUUUUCUUUAAUAAAAGAAUGAGCCCUAUAGGGGAGUCUUGCUCCCCAACAGCGUGGAUAGAGCUAAUGAAGAUUGCAUGUACAGCCAUUAAUUGUCUGCAAAAACAGACUAGCGUGAUGUUUCUGACUGUAGGGUAGUAUAAGACUAUGUCUUUUUCAGCUCAUCGUGCUUCUUAGACCAAUGUAAGCCUUUAUUAAGGCUAUUGUCUCAUACCAACUUAAUUCAGUUAAAAGAUCAUGUUUUAAGGACCAACAGAGGUACGGUUUUGCACAUAUUGGCAGUUGAUACAAGCUACAAGCUGAUUAAGCUAAUAUUUUUAAAUGGUGUAUAGAAAUGUGGAAACAUAUGGUUAAAUUAGCCAUUACUUAAACAAACCAUAUGUAUCUACCUGCAUCUCAGGUCUUCUAAUAUUCACAGAUAUGGUUUUUUUGCUAAAAUGGCAUUUAAUGUUGGUACUGUCAAAAUUGUACCACUAGAAUUGUAAUUUCACCAAUGAUCUUUCUUUUUCAGGAACAUAUAAUUCUGGUGAGACAGAAUGUCUUAAAAUGAAAUUGUCAUUUCAAAAUGUCAUUUCACUUUUUCAUAACUUGUCUUUCUUGCUGAAAUGUUGUGAUGCACGUUUUACAUAACAAUUUUGUGGCCUGUGGUGGAAAAACAGCCAACCAUUUGCAAUAAAUUUGUCACACCACCA